AUGACGGCUCUUUCGUGCGUGGAAGAGGGCGUGCUGCGCUGCUGCGGCAGCAAAAGGUUCGCCAAGGAGAUGGUCUCGGCCUCCCCCUUCACCGACCUCGACCACGCCCUCCGAUCCGCCUGCGACAUCUGGUUCGACGAGGAAUUGGUGGAAUGGAAUUUUCGGUACAGGGAGACGUUUGGGUUCGUGUUCCUCAUAUGCGCAUCUGGGAGGGGAACGAUUGAGAUCCUUGCUGAAUUAAAGAAACGCUACCUGAAUAGGCCCAUUGUCGAACUUGAAAUAGCAGCACAAGAGGAGAUGAAGAUAAUUGAAUUGCGUCUUGCUAGGCUUUUUAAUUCUGAUGCUGGAUCAAACAUUCCAGUCACAACUCGUCUUCCUGUUAGUUCUCCAACUAAGUAG